UUGAAGUUAAAUUUCCAGACCAAACUCAAUAAGUGUUCAUAAUGAUCUAAAAUUGUUGUCCUGUAUUAGGAAGCUGUUACGAAUAAAUAUUGGGAACGCCGCGUUAUUUCGAGGGCACGUCACAUUAGUCCACGUAUAUUGUUUCGUGCUGUUGAGGGACGAAAUGGUCUCUGUAUCACCAACAAAACAUGAAAUAGUUACAAUUUUAAAUAAGCUGAAGUCUUUGCCGUGCAACAAGCAAUGUUUUGACUGUGGUGCUACAAAUCCAACAUGGGCUAGUGUUACCUACGGUGUUUUUCUUUGUAUUGACUGUUCGGCAGUCCACCGUUCACUUGGAGUCCAUCUAAGUUUCAUUCGAUCGACGCAGCUAGAUACUAACUGGACUUGGGUCCAGUUGCGCGCAAUGCAAGUUGGUGGCAAUCAAAAUGCGCUUACAUUCUUCUCCCAAAAUAAUUGUCGUUCCUUAGAUGCGCAGGAAAAAUACCAAAGUCGUGCUUCUCAACUUUACCGUGCUAAGCUGGAAAAACUUGCUAUUGACGCUGUUAAAACCCAUGGUAACAAGUUGACUUUGGAUCUUGAUGAAGGAAAAUACAAACGCGAUCAGGUGGCUGACUUUUUUGAGGAACAUACUGAAAGUGUUACGACUGACAUUAGAAAUGAUGAACCUGUAAUGGUGACAAAAAUGAAUCUGGAACAGUCAGUUGGGCCUACCGUUGAUAAUCUAUUCAAUUCUCCUGUAUCUGAACCUGGUCCUACAAAAAUACCUUCUGUAAUUGGAACUAGAAAACCGAAUACUACACGGUCUAGUGCUAAAAAAGGUGGAUUGGGGGCAUCAAAGGUGAAAGCUGAUUUUUCUGCCAUCGUUUCGGCUGCCGAACAUGCUGAUAUUGAAAUGAAAGGUCAGAUUCGUUCGACUGACCAGGAUUUAGAAGAUAAGGAAAAACGUAAUGAAGAACGACUUGCAUCACUUCGGUUAGCGUAUAAAGAUAUUACCGAUGGAUGUGAAAGGCAAGACAUCCCGAACUUGAAGUCUACAGACCCUCAACGUGCCAAACAAGCUGAACGCCUUGGUAUGGGUAAAAUAGGUACAGGCAACAGAGAAAUAUCGCACUCAGCAUUUGCAAAUGUUCAAAAAAUAGAGCAAGAAAACUCGGCUCCCACCCACACUUCAUCGCUAAGUUCAAACUUGGACCCUUUCUUCAUUUCAAGUUACAGUAAUAGAGACCGUGAUACACGCAAUUUUUUCGAUUCUGGAGAUGAUAAUUUAUUCGGAGGCUCUGCGACGUAUGGUAUGAAUGGCGGAUGGUCAAAAAAUAAAUCAAGGGACAAUGACUGGGAUGGGCAUUUUUCAGAUCCUUUUAAUCAAAAGCCAAACAGAACACGUGAUUUGUCUACUGUUACUGAUGAAUUUCCAACUAAAUCACCCAGCAAACAGCCUACAUCUCUUUCGUCUACACAAUCAGAAACUAAUCCAGAUCUAAGUGAAUUAAUGAAGAAGUUUGCCAAUGCGACUUCUAUAUCGUCGGAUGCGUUUUUUAACCGAAAUGAUGUUCUAUAUAUGUGCGAUAUCUAUUUAUUCACUUGUUUUUCACUUAUACUAGUCUGAAUCUGAUGGGCUCUCAAGAUUUCAAGGGAGUUCAUCUAUUUCGAGUGAUGAUUAUUUUGGUCAUCCUAAAGUGCGACACUCUCAGGUAUCUAAUGAAUUACAAAAUAUCAAAGAUGGUGUCAAGCAAAGUGUAACUAAAGUUGCUGGACGGCUGUCAAAUCUGGCAACUGACGUAGUACACACUCUUCAAGUAAGUUCAGUUAGAUAAAUACUGAUUAUUAUAUGUGUUUAGACUAUUUUUUGGAAAGUAUGAUCGAUUGAAUACUCCUCAAAGUACUACACACAUUAUUCAUUAACGUUUUUGAUGACAAAAAUUGACGAUUAUACGCUAAGACUGAACUGUGUGGAAGUUUUGAAUCGUUUCUCAAUAUUAUUCGCCGUUGCAAGUAACACGAUCGAACUAGUUGAUUGCUAAUGAAUAAUCCUUUCCAUCUCAUAUUGAACCCAGUUCCAAACGAACUAUUUGGUUUUUCGAUGGUAAUUUUACUGAGGUAUUUAAUGAAAGAUACCACUCUGUUGUUCUACUACUAGAGAAUGCAAUAAUUUUACGUAUUAUAUAUCAGUCUGUUUACUUAUUUAACGCAGUUUACUGUUGUGGAAGUACGAAUGCUUUUGAAUUGUUUCCCUCAAGAAGUAAUAUCUACACGAGUUAUUAAUCUCAGUAACAGUUGUUUGUACUCUCAUGAUGGCUCUAUAUUUGUUACCUGAGGACUAAUAAUACCAUAUGGUUUUCCAGGCUCGUCUCUUUGAAUCACUUCCACAACCGUUGUAAAGAUUAGUAAACUAGUACGUGUAAAUAUUUAUCUAGUUGAGACUAAAAUGCGACAUGUUUAUUAAAAUUGACAUUUAAACAAAACAGGCUACCUAAAUCAAUAAAGAAAGAAUUAUUCAUGACGAACAGAUUUGUCAUUGAAUGGUUUUGGUUAGCGAGUACGCACCAAAUUAUUUUAGUGAUAAGAGACAUUGUCAUAUAAUUUUCAUCAUAAACUGAUCGAGACUUCUGACCAACGUAACUGAUAAUAGUCUAAAAGGCUUACAAAUAAAUGGUCAAAGUUUGGUGGUUAAAUUGAAUAGUAAUCAAAUUAGCAGCCUGAUGAUGAGGUAAACUAUACAGUAAGACAUAGCUGUCAUGUCGCUCACUAACAGCCCUCAAACUGCCAUGGAUUUUGAAAGUAGAAAUGUGCUAGUACUUUACUUUCUUGAACAUUUCAUGAAACGACCUAGCACUUAAAAGGAGGCCAGCCAAACAAAUAUUUUAAUGUUGGCUACUCUCUGUGAUGUAAUCGUUCAAGUUGAUAUCCACCCGUUUUGAGAGCUUUUGACUCAAAGUCCCUUUCAUUGGUUAUCCCAACCUUGGUAUGUGAAGCAACUUUUGAAGCAGUAAUCCACUUUCUGUCAGAUUACCAAUUCAUUUAUGCCGAAUGUUUGUUUUUAUCGCUCCUCUUUUACAAGCACAUAUUUUAUUAUUGCUUAAAAUUUGUAUAUUUACAUUUGGGUGUAUUUUUUCAGGAUCGAUUCGGUUAGUUGCUUCCAGCUUUUUAAUGCUUUCAGUCAGCUUAUGGUCCUUUCGGUCAAUAUUCUGGUUUAGCAACCAAUCUUCUCUUCAUUUUCGGCCACGAUCGGGGUUCAGGACAUUCCUUUUUUCCGGUUAUCUAUUCUUAAAGCUUUUGUUAUUUUUUGUUUUAUUCAUCUCUCCAGAGAUAAUAAGUUAGUUAAUCCUAGUUGACUGUAAGAGCCAUUUUGUUUAGUGGAUGAUAUAAAUUGAAGUUUUGUAAAACAUAUUUUUGGUUGUAAACACUAAGUAAACCAUAUUUUCUGGGGUGAUUGUUGUCUUGAAAUGCCUUCUAUUAUUGACGGAAAUUAUUAUAACGUGAUUGCUUCAUUCAUGCGGAUCGCUUUCCUUUUCGUAUGUAUCGAACAAUCUAUACAUAAAUGUUUCUAGUAUGAUUAUCGCAAUAUCUGUGGAUAGGAGAAACAUAAACAAAGAAAUUGACAGAUUAAUAUUGAUAUAUUUGACCUUAUUAUUGACACUUUCAUAAUACAUAUUGAUAUGAUUAA